AUCUCGAUUAAUCCUGCAUCCUGCGCCAUGACAAGCGCGGGUCCAUUCACGUUACGCCCACUGGAACGCAGUUCCGGGGGCAGUCUCGACCAGACCGCAUUUCGCGUCCACCUCUCAGCUAAGGAACUCAAGAACCUAGGCCUGACCGCUGGUGAUCGCAUUCGCCUCAGCACUGCCAAAGGAGUUCACGGUUUUGCCCUCGCGUGGCUCGCCCAACAGACCAACCCUGGGAACAAGCCUAUUGCCAAGGUCUCUGAUCUGUUGCGAGAGAAGUAUGAGCUAGCCUUGACUGACGCCGUCUUCAUUGAGAAGGUGCAAGAAGCCCCAAGGUUUGCAACCUCUGUCGAGGUAGCCUUUCCGCCAGCCUCGGAAGCACUGAAGAGAUACGCUACGAAUGAAGAGCUGGAACAUUUCGCAAAGAUUUCACUAGAGGACUUGGAGAUCUUGACGCCUGGGUGCAUGUUUGAUAUCGAGAAGAAACCUAAAUCACUGUCAUCAGGAUCCAAAUUGCGCAUGACUGUAACGAAUGUGUCGUCUGACGACCCAGACGAGCAGCGGCCAUUUCUGUUCCACAGGAAAUGUGAGCUCCUCUUCUCGAACCAGCCAACGACUAAAGCGACUACUGCAAUUACCCCUGAUCCAACCUUGCGCCUCGACGGCACCGGUAUCGGAGGGCUAUCGGAUCACAUCAAAACCAUCAACAGGAAGCUCAGAGCGAUCUCUGAGUCUUCUUUUCCGAGACUAGAUUCCACUAAUCGACGUCCCACAUCCUUCCUUUUGCAUGGACCUGAAGGCUGUGGGAAAACAAUGUUGCUGAAGCGUUUGUCUGAGGCUUCCUGGCGCAAGGUUUACAGACUCGAUGAGAUUUGGCUUACUGAAAAUCGCAAAGGCCAAGCCGAAGCUCUGUCCGAGGAUGUUUUCGAGGCUGCUCGCAGAAAUCAGCCCUCCUUGAUUUUGAUCGACAACUUGGACAAAUUUGUCCAAAAAGCCGAGAGUCUGGUCGACCGAAUGCAAGAAGAGUUAGAGAAACUCCAAAACACCAAAGUUGUCGUCGCUGCUGCAGCUCGCACGAUAUACGAUAUCGACGCUCGUCUACGAUCUCAAGCAGGACUCACGAUCGAGCUGGAAGUAUUCCCACCGAAUGUCAAGCAGAGAGAAGAUAUCUUGCGGCAGCUGAUUGGCCCCAAAAUUGAGCAUUGCAACAUUGAAUGGACAAAUCUGGCCGAGAAAUGCCAUGGUUUCGUGGGUCGUGAUAUUAGAGACCUACAUAGACUUGCAAGAGAUCAUUGUGAUGAUCGGAUAUUGGAUUCCCUAGGUGAAGAUGCAAGAGCUACGAUCAAUGAAGCCUUGGAAGGGGCAGACUUUGUCACACAGGAAGACUUCGACGCUGUCAUUGGCCAGAUUCAGCCGUCGGUUCUCAAGGACAGCAUCAUCGAAGUGCCCAAGGUCAGCUGGGAGGACAUCGCGGGAGUGGAUCACGUUCGAUCCCUCCUCGAAUCCAUUGUUGUCCGUCCGUAUAAGUUUCCAGAGCUCGAUAGCAAGUUCGGCGCUCCGCAGUCGCGCAAGGGCGUGUUGCUGUACGGCCCGCCCGGCUGCGCAAAGACUCUCAUCGCUCAAGCUGUCGCCACGGAAUCCAACCAAAACUUCCUAGCCGUCAAAGGUUCUGAGCUCAUCAAAAUGUACGUCGGAGAGUCUGAACGGGCCAUCCGCGACGUCUUCCGCCGAGCUCGCGCUGCGAAACCCUGCAUCAUCUUCUUCGACGAGAUUGACUCUAUUGGCAAAUCGCGCGACAAGGGCCAAGACAGCGGCCUGAAUGUUGUCACCACGCUCCUGAACGAGAUGGAUGGCAUCGAAGCACUCAAAGACGUGUUCAUCAUCGGCGCAACCAAUAGGCCUGACAUCCUAGACUCGGCUCUUAUCCGCGUGGGGCGUUUCGACGUGCAUAUCCAUAUAGGGCUACCUACAAAAGAAGCAAGAAGACAAAUACUCGAGAUCCACACAAGGAAGUGGCCGAUUGCUGAAGACGUUGAUCUUGACGUUCUGGCUUCAAGGACCGAAGGUAGCACUGGUGCGGAUAUCAAGGGCUUAUGCGCAGAAGUUGUCGAGUUUGCAAAGACGGAUUAUUUGAAGCAGGAUUCUGAUAGCGAACCCAGGGUGCACAUGAGUCACUUUGAGAGGGGGCUAGCAGAGCACACUCCACGUACGCUGGCGGAAGAAGCCGCACGGUAUGAGGGAUGGAGACCGGGGAAGUCGUUGGCUGUGGAGUAGCUGUAGAGUGGCCUGUGUGACUCCAGGAUACCCCAGUGCAAGGAUGGUGUGUUCUUGAAAAGCGUGAUCCUACAGCUACAUGUGCAGAGAAGCAUGCAGAGGAAAUUUCAAUUCAGC